AUGGGUUAUACAAACUACUUCUUGUGCGUCACCAUUUCAUUAUUUCUAACCUUGUCUUCCCUUCAUCUGGUUGCUCCAUUUCCCGCUGCUGCUUCCGGAGGCGGCCUAGAUUACAGUUACUAUGACCAAACAUGCCCUCGUCUGGCCAUGAUUAUUCGAUAUAGUGUCUGGUCAGCUUUCAAGAAUGAGUCAAGGAUCGCUGCUUCCCUCCUGCGGUUGCACUUUCAUGACUGCCUAGUAAAUGGAUGUGAAGGCUCAAUACUCCUUGAUGAUACAAUUGAUUUCAAAGGGGAGAAGAAUGCGCCAGCAAAUCGUAAUUCGGCUAGAGGGUAUGAAGUCAUUGACAGCAUCAAGGCAGAGGUCGAAAAGGCUUGUCCAUCGACAGUUUCAUGUACCGACAUAUUGGCUCUAGCAGCAAGAGAAGCUGUCGUCAUGACAGGAGGGCCGUACUGGCCUGUUUCAUUAGGCCGGAGAGAUGGACUGACUGCUAACCAAGCUGCAGUUGCUCAGGAGUUGCCAUCUCCUAUCGAGUCGUUGGAUGAUAUCACAGCAAAGUUUACCUCAAAGGGACUUGAUGUUAAGGAUGUUGUCGUCCUCUCAGGAGCACAUACAUUAGGGUUUGCACAGUGCUUUCUCAUCAAGAGGAGGUUAUUCAACUUUAAGAACACUGGCAAACCAGACCCAGCACUUGAAUCCUCUGCACUCACAAGCCUGCAAGGGAUGUGCCCGAACAAGGACGCCUCCAACGCCAACCUCGCCCCACUUGACUCAACCACUACCCGGUUCGACAACUCGUACUACACCAACAUCGUCAAUAAUGCUGGCCUUCUCGACUCGGACCAAGCCCUGCUGAUGAACCCAACCACAGGAGAAAUGGUCAGGUCCUACAGCUCGAACCCGUACCAAUUCUACAGCGACUUUGCUGCCUCCAUGGUGAAGCUGUCCAGCGUCGGGGUUCUCACUGGGAAGAAUGGUGAGAUUAGAAAGAAAUGUGGGUCUGUGAACUAG